GACUUCUCAAUCAAUUGCUUAGGUAUUCAGUUAUUAGUAAAAUUAGUUACAUUUUUAAAUUUUCACUUGAAAUCAAGGAGGAACUUUUCCUUAAAUCCUUCCACAUACGAGGCCCUUGCUGAUCCACCUUCAUGAUCAUGUCAUUGCCAUCGUCAAGUCCACCCAGUGCACGUACAAUUCCAUUGAUUGUCACAGAGUCCGCGGAGUACCGUGAAAAUAUGGCCGAUUUGAACCGUGCCCUGCUGGAGUUCGUGAAAAAGAGCCUGGACAAGAAUCCCCACUGCGAACUGACUCCGAUAUUCCGUAGAUAUUACGAGCACCUAAUAGCUGUGGUUGCAGCUGCAACUGUGGUUGCAGCUGGAGCCGGAGGAGAUGCCAAGCACUCAACUAGCUGCCCAUUCACCCCGGGAUCCACUCGCUUCUCCUUUGGCAACACAGAAGACCAGGAUAAAGUGGUCCACGACCAGCCACCGAAGACUGUCGACGAGGAGGCUGUAUACACGAAACGCUGCCAGGUGUUUGUAAUGAAGGACGCAGAGUUCGCCGAUCGCGGCGUGGGCAUCUUGCAUUUAAAGCCAGUGAAGGACUACGCGAAGGCACAGCUGAUUGUUCGGGCCGAAGGCAAUAUUGGCCAGGUUCUGAUCAAUCUUAUAGUCGGCCAGGGCCACAGCCUGCCCUGCCAGCGUAUGAGUGCAAAAACUGUAAUGAUCACGGGCCUGCCCAUGCCGGAGGACAGCAACGUGGUGCCGAUUCUACUGCUCGUUAAUUCCGUCGAGGAGGCCGAUGAGUUAAUGGUGAAAAUCGAGAACUACACCAAGUGAAGACCGAAUUCUCAAUAAAUCGUGCAUUUAAUUUCAUAUUGGAUUGUUUAAAUCAUUUACAAAAGCCACAAGAAUGGACUCCCACAAUGUAUAAAAUAGGUCUCCACUUACACAUUUUCGAUAUGUGUGUUACAUAUAUGCUCUUUUAUCAA